UGAUAUUGAUGUGGAUCAAAUUUUAAGUGAUAUAGAUGCGAAUCAGAUUUUAUCUGAUACAGAAAUUUCAGCAACUGAUGCGAAUACAAAUCAGGUUAAAUCUAAUGCAGAAAUUUCAGCAACUAACACGAAUGCAAAUCAGGUUAAGUCCGAUGCAGAUACAAAUCAAAUUGCAGCAACAGAACU